AUGUUGAAGAAGGCUAGAGCUCUAUUUGCAGGCAGGGGAGGAGAAAGGUUGUGUCAGUUGGUUCCAGGACUUGACAGCAAAGAAAAGGACCGCAUUUUGGAUCAAACCUUUGAAAGAUACACAUCAAAUAUGGUAAAGAGGAAUGGGAAAGGGACUGCCAUUGUUUGGUUCAGGAAUGAUUUGAGAGUAUUGGACAAUGAGGUUUUGUUCAAGGCUUGGUCUGUUGAAGCAAAAUGUGCCAUCCGAGGCUGUGCUAAAAUCCCAAAGUCUCUAGGACCAGCUCCUCGCGUUGAGGAUUGGGGGUGUGUUCCAUCAAUCGAGCGACUUGGACUACAAUCGCAACAGGCAAGGGUUCUGUUUGAAUUGAUUUGGAGGGAUUACUUCAGGUUUAUCUCAGUCAAAUACGGAAAUUCCAUUUUCCAAUUAGGCGGCCCACGAAAAGUUGAGCAUAGAUGGAGUCAAGACCAGAGAUUGUUUGAUUCUUGGAGAAAUGGCUGUACAGGGUAUGUUGCUUGA